ACGCCGGCCCCGGUCGUCGCUCUUCUUUCCUCUGAACCGAGUUUCGCCGUACCGCGUGCUUCGUGUUUCCACUACUUCUUUCUAGCCCUCGGUUCGCUACCACCUACAAUUUGACACGACUUUCGCCAUGGAUAUUUUUUAAUACCAACGAGACUGCGGCGAAGCCCUCGAGCCUCACUCACUCCCAUUCCAUAUUCCUAGUAUACAUAGUAGCCAACAGACUCCAGCCAUUUGCGCCUAUAUCCACAUCACCCCAUCACCAUAAUGACGAUUGGACGGUUAGCAAAGGCGGCCCGCAUCAUACUGGUGGGCGCACCAGGUGUCGGGAAGGGUACCCAGACGGAGCGCUUGAUGAAGAAAUUCUCCGAACUAUCGGCAAUCAGUUCUGGCGAUCUGCUGAGGAAGAACGUGAGGGAGCGGACGCCUCUCGGCAUCCAAGCCGAACACACUAUCAAGGCCGGUAAAUUGGUCCCAGACACGAUGAUCUUGCGCCUCAUUGUCAAUGAGCUUACAACACGCGGAUGGAUACGAGACAAUGCAUUGCGUCCAUAUGCGCUCAACUUUAGCUCACUAGACACGGCCGACCAUACCGUAGACUCGGUCAUGAUUCCCUCAGAUGUGCGGGCCCCGCGUUACACCUUCUCGAACAAGCCAGCGGCCUCCUUUAUACUCGACGGCUUCCCACGAACCGUUGUGCAAGCAAUUCAGCUUGACAACAUUGUCCCCAUUAAUAUGGUGGUCAAUCUCAACACGCCCAGCGACAUCAUCAUCGAUCGCAUAUGCAAUCGCUGGGUGCACGAAGCGUCGGGACGAGUCUACAACAUCACCUUCAAUGCGCCAAAGGUUGACGGCAAGGAUGACAUCACGGGCGAGCCCCUCACACGACGGGCGGACGAUGACCCAGAGGUAUGGAAGGCGCGUCUGCAGAGUUUUCGCGAAAACAACGAGCCGCUUCUCGAGCAUUAUGAUAAGCUUGGUGUACUUUGGACAGUGACCGGGAACAGCAGCGACGAGAUUUCCCCAAAACUCUUCGCCGAAUUCAGCAGGCGAUUUGGCGCCCUUGAUUGAUGUCGUGUAUUCUCUCGCGUGGGUUAUGGCAUUUUGAUCACAUCACGUACGAUACCAAUGUACUUGUCUUGUUUAGAUGGGAUUUCUUACGACAUGGCGACAUGUGCGUGUGUCUUGGGGACAAGUCGCACGUUCCUCAUUCACUGUAGAUAUUGGAUCGAUUGGUAUUUUGCCAUCAGGGUGCACUUAGUAAAAACUAUUAAUUCUUUCCCUCUG